UCCUCGUAUUACAGGUAUCAUAAUCACGUUUUCUCUCGUCUCUUCCUCUGUUGGUUCUUCCCAUCUGCGAUGCACCAGACCUUCUCUCUCUCACUCUCUCUCCUCAAUUUGUAUAGGAUUUGGAUUUCGAAACGCUGAAGGAUUUGAUCAGAUCGGAUCUUGGAGUUUUCUGAUUGUUGAAAGUAUUUUAGUCCGUUUCAUCCGAUCUCUUCCCCCAAAAUGCCGUCGGUUUACGGAGCGACAAUAACCACCUUCGAAGACUCCGAGAAAGAGAGCGAGUAUGGAUACGUUCGCAAGGUAUCUGGUCCAGUUGUUGUUGCUGAUGGAAUGGCAGGGGCUGCUAUGUACGAACUGGUUCGAGUUGGACAUGACAGCCUUAUUGGGGAAAUUAUCCGGUUGGAAGGAGAUUCUGCUACAAUCCAAGUGUAUGAAGAAACAGCUGGGUUGACGGUGAAUGAUCCUGUUUUACGAACACACAAGCCUCUUUCGGUAGAGUUGGGUCCUGGAAUAUUGGGAAAUAUUUUUGAUGGGAUUCAGAGGCCUCUGAAGACCAUUGCAAGAAUAUCUGGCGAUGUCUAUAUCCCUCGUGGUGUCGCCGUCCCAGCCCUUGACAAAGACAUACUUUGGGAAUUCAAUCCUAAAAAAAUAGGCGAGGGAGAUCUUUUGACAGGUGGAGAUUUCUAUGCUACUGUUUUUGAGAACAGUUUAAUGCAGCACCAUGUAGUGCUUCCUCCUGAUGCCAUGGGAAAGAUAACCUACAUUGCACCAGCUGGUCAGUACUCGUUGAAGGACACUGUCCUUGAGCUUGAAUUUCAAGGUGUCAAAAAGCAAUUUACCAUGCUUCAGACUUGGCCUGUACGUACACCUAGGCCUGUGGCAUCAAAACUUGCUGCUGAUACUCCCCUUCUUACCGGGCAGCGUGUUCUUGAUGCACUUUUCCCCUCGGUUCUUGGUGGUACUUGUGCCAUACCUGGUGCAUUUGGCUGUGGAAAAACAGUUAUUAGUCAAGCUCUUUCCAAGUACUCUAACUCCGACACUGUGGUUUAUGUUGGCUGUGGGGAAAGAGGAAAUGAAAUGGCAGAGGUCCUCAUGGAUUUCCCUCAACUGACAAUGACACUACCUGAUGGCCGGGAGGAAUCUGUCAUGAAACGUACUACACUUGUGGCCAACACUUCAAACAUGCCUGUGGCUGCUCGUGAGGCUUCUAUUUAUACAGGAAUCACAAUAGCUGAAUACUUCAGAGAUAUGGGAUACAAUGUUAGUAUGAUGGCAGAUUCGACAUCUCGGUGGGCAGAAGCACUGCGUGAAAUAUCAGGUCGACUGGCCGAGAUGCCUGCUGAUAGUGGGUAUCCUGCUUAUCUGGCCUCACGUUUGGCAUCCUUCUACGAGCGUGCUGGUAAAGUGAAAUGUCUUGGUUCACCUGAACGUACUGGUAGUGUGACAAUUGUUGGUGCUGUUUCUCCUCCUGGUGGAGAUUUCUCGGAUCCUGUUACAUCUGCAACCCUCAGCAUUGUUCAGGUUUUCUGGGGUCUGGACAAGAAGCUGGCCCAAAGGAAACACUUCCCAUCUGUAAACUGGCUUAUUUCCUACUCCAAGUAUUCAGGGGCAUUGGAGUCCUUUUAUGAGAAAUUCGAUCCUGAUUUUAUUGACAUCAGGACAAUUGCUCGUGAGGUGCUGCAGAGAGAAGAUGACCUCAACGAAAUUGUCCAAUUGGUUGGAAAGGAUGCUUUAGCGGAAACAGAUAAAAUUACCCUAGAAACUGCAAAGCUUUUGAGGGAGGACUAUCUUGCUCAGAAUGCCUUUACUCCAUAUGAUAAAUUCUGCCCUUUUUACAAGUCUGUUUGGAUGAUGCGCAACAUUGUCCAUUUCUAUAAUUUGGCCAACCAGGCCGUGGAGCGAGGAGCUGGUAUGGAUGGCCAGAAGAUAACUUACACCCUUAUUAAGCAUCGGUUGGGAGAUCUAUUUUAUCGUUUGGUGUCUCAGAAAUUUGAGGAUCCUGCUGAAGGAGAGGAUGCUUUAAAGGCAAAAUUUGAGAAGCUUCAUGAAGAUCUGACAGCUGGUUUCCGCAACCUUGAGGAUGAAACUCGAUGAUCAAAAUUUUGGCCUAAAUGGAUUUUAGGCCCACCUACAUGCGAAUAUUGUUUGUGGUGGGAAAAAGGGGGAUAUUGUGUUAUUUUGUGUAUGGAGGAACCAAAUGAGAUCAGUAGGUUUUGCAUCAGGCUUGUUUGGCAAUGCUGGUUUGUUCCAUGCUUUAUGGUUUGUGGAACUACUAUGUUAUUAUAGUUAUUAUUCUGUAUUUCAUUAUCGCUCACCUUUUUGUAGAAAUACGAGAGACAUCUUCUAGCGUUGUUAUGUUGUUUCAGUGAUUCUCUUUGGGAUCUUUGUUAAAAUAAGUGAAUGUACACAUUAUUUUAGUUUCCUACAAUAAGAUAUUUCAUUUAUUA